UAAAAAACCAAAAACAUCACUGAUAAAAAAGUUCAGGGUUCAAUCCCAGUCGAAAGUCAGUACACCGACUAUAAAUAAAAUGCACCAUGCAUAAUCUUAAAUAACCGAACAAGAAAUUACACAGAAAAGAAUAAGAGAAAUUUUAAAGUUGGCCCGUUGAUGGUUUACGUUUUGCAACGAGAAAGGAUAAUCCGACAAGAUGAUCAAACUGAAAUCCUUGUUCCGCAGAGGACAGGGCACCUCCAGCUCCAAUUCCUCGAAUUCGUCGCACAAACAGCAGCAGCACUCCUCCAACAACAAUCGCCAAAAGUCGCAGUCGAGCACCUCAUUGAAUACCGCCCACGAGCAGCAGCAGCAGCAGCAACAACAGCAGCAACAGCAGCAGCAACACAACAACACCGCAGCAACAACAAAAUUCUACGCCCACCAGGAGGCGGCCAGCUACGAAAGGGGUGUGGAUGUGGGCGAUGAGGAGGCGCUGCUGCUGACAAACCAACAGCAGCAACAGCGGCGACAACAGCAACAGCAGUUGCAACAGCAGCAGCAGCAGCAGCAGCAGCAGCUACAGAGCAACACCUUGCCCCAAAAGAAAUCCAAGCUCAAGGGACAAAAGCAGCCAAAACAAUUGCCAGUGCAGCAGCAACACAGCAAUGCAGCUGAGCUACAGCAGCAACAGCAACAGCAACCACUGAUGACUUCCCUGGCAGCCGUGCCGCAGGCAGCAGCAACUAACAACAGCGGCAGCAGCAACAUCAACAACAACAACGCAUUGGCCGCACUGCAAGAUGGUGGCGCUGCUGCCGCCGCUGCAGCAGGUUUCUAUCAGCAACUAGCUGCAGCAGCAUCAGCAACAUCGGCCAACGGCAGCAACACCAGUGCCGAUAGUCCAGCCAACGCUUUUCCCGCAGCAGCAGCAGCCGUUGCUGUUGCCGCUGUGGCAGCCAGCAGCUACCAGCAGCAGCAACAACAGCAACAGCAGCAACAACAGCAGCAGCAACAGCAGCAACUUAUCAACAACGAACAGCAGCAACAGCAACUCUUAGAGGCUAACAACAAAAUGCAGGAGCUGCACAAGCAGCUGGAGAGAUUGGGAAGCGAGCAACUGCAGCUGGAGACACGCAUCACGGAGCUCCUGCCAUACCAAAGCGAGGUGGCCAAACUGAAGGGCGAUCUGGUUAAGAUGCAGAGUCUACAGGAAAAGACCCAGAUGGAGAUUGGCAACCUGAAAUACGAGAACGAAUCUCUGCGCAAUCGGCUGCGGGACGUUGUAAACUCACCGCUUUCGGAUGCGGAGAAGCACCAGAUCAUCCAAGACUCGCAGCGGCUGCACAGUUCGGCGCCCGCCUCGAUAGCCCUGCCCAGUACAAACGAUGGACAUGAUGGCACACCCUGCCUCACGCCCGACUGGGACAAGCAGUCAUCCUCCAGCGAGAUCUCUGUAGCCUGCCUGCAGGACAAGAUCAUUCAAAUGGAGGAGACGCAUUACUCGACCAACGAGGAGCUGCAGGCGACGCUGCAGGAAUUGGCCGACUUGCAGACCCAGCUGACGGACACGCAGACGGAGAAUGUGCGCCUCGCCGAGGACAAGGAUGUGCUCUUCCAGUCGCUCUGCCGGCAGACCGAGAAGCUGAACGAAUCGCGCACGCAGAUAAGCACACUAAAGGAGCUUCUCCUGCGGGACACCAAGCAGGCUGCCUCCGAGGUCAGUGCCUCGGAGCGGGAGCAGAAGCUUCUGGAUCUGAUCAAGACAUCGCAGGAGGAGCGCGAGGCCGUGCUGCUCAAGCAGGAGGAAAUGGGCGCUGAGCUGGCCGAGCUGAAGCAGGCGCGCGAAGCUGGCCAGCAGGAGCAGCAGCGUCAGAGGGAGAGGAUUGCGCUGCUCGACUCGCAGUUGGAUGCAGCCAAUGCGGAGCGGCGGCAGGGAGAGGCUCAGUUCUCGCAGGCCAAGGACGAGAUCUCGCAGCGAGCCAUCGAAAUAAGUCGAUUGAGCACUCUCCUAGAGAAUGCUCGCUCGAAGAUCGAGGAGCUGGAAGCCGAUUUGGCCAGAGGCGAUAAGACAGACCUGAGCGAUGUCCUCGAUGUGGCCCGCAAGGAGAAGGAUGCCCUGGAGGAGCGUGUGGCCGAGCUGCAGGAUCAGUGUUCGCGCAGUCAGGCCGAGCUAAGAAGGCUACGCGAACAGCUCUCCGGGCUGACAGAGGAGUGCAAGGUGGCCAAGAAUAAUGCCAAGUGCGCCGUCUCCCAUCUCGAAUAUCGCUUGGAGCAGCUGCAAAGGGAUAAGGACAAGAUAGCCGGCGAAUGGCAGGCGCUGGAGGAGCGAGUGGCCGAGCUGCAGGUGCAGUGCAAGUGUCACCAGGAGGACAAGGCCCAGCUGCAGUCGCUGCUAAGCGAAACCCAGCGCCACCUAGGCGAUGUCCAGCUGCAGCUAAACGAGUCCGAGUGCCGGCUCGACCAGGAGACGCAGCAGCGGCGCCGGGAGGCCGAGGAGUGGCAACAGUUCCAGGCCGAUCUCCUCAUGACCGUGCGCGUGGCCAAUGACUUCAAGACUGAGGCGCUCAGCGCCCGGGAGCAGCUGGUGCUCGACAACAAGACGCAGAAGGAGAAGAUCAGACUGCUAGAGCAGCAGCUCGAGAAGCUCACUAAGCAGCAACUGCCGCAGUCGGAGACUCCGCAGUCGGUGCUGUCCACUGUCCAGCGCGAGAUGGAGAUGGCCACGCGGCGCAGUAAGCUGAGCUUCAGCCGACAGGACUCGCGACUCUCCGUCAAAACGCUUAUCGAGAGCAUCGAGAACAACAAGGCGCAAGGCAAAGCCGACGAGGCGGAAUCCCACUACAGCUCCACGUCCAGCCUAAACAGCGGCACUCCGGAGCUGGGCACCACGCCCAUUAUCUUUCCCCCCUCCAGUGAUUGGCAUGAAAGCCUUCGCCUGCCUGUGCUGCAGAGCAGCAAUCUGCACGUGAAUGUGGGCGGCAAUCAAGGAGGAUCAGCUGGCAAUGGAGGAGGAGGAUCAGCUAGCACUACCAAAGCCACAUUGCCGCUGCGGGAUCAACAGCAGCAGCAGCAGCAGACUGCGAUAACAACGCCACAGAGUGCGAUACAGUCCCAGAUCCAGAAUGCCUCCCAGCCCUCGACGCCGGCCACGCCCAGCAGUGCCGGCAGCAGCAGCAGCAGUGGGCUGCCCUUUGGCAAUGUCUCAAAGUCCUUUAUCGGCGGUGAACGCAAGGAUCCACUGAACAUGCUGGCGAAGAACGGCGGGUCGAAGCGCAACGCCCUGCUGAAGUGGUGCCAGAACAAGACGGUGGGCUAUCGCAACAUUGACAUCACCAACUUCAGCUCGUCGUGGAACGAUGGCUUGGCCUUCUGCGCGAUCCUGCACUCGUACUUGCCGGACCGCAUUCCCUACGAUCAACUGAGUCAGGCCAACAAGCGGCGCAACUUUUCGCUGGCAUUCGCGGCUGCCGAGUCUGUGGGAAUUGGCACCACCCUGAACAUUAAUGACAUGUGUCAGAUUGAACGACCCGACUGGAUGCAGGUGAUGUCCUAUGUGACGGCUAUCUACAAGUACUUUGAGACCUAGAGAGGAACUCGAGGAGCAUUUGCUGCCCUCCACUUGGGCUCCUUUGUGUAGUAGUUGUGUAGGGUUCGCUUUAUUUUCAAUAUACAAUUUUUGUUUUUUUUUCCUUAUAAAUACUUUUUUUUUUUUGGUUGUUGUGUAUAUUCAGCAUUUCCAGGAUGGACAGCAAAGAAAUCUUUUAACCUAGCUUGUACGCUUUUUUUUUCUCUUCUAGUUUUCUCAAAAACCCCUCUCUCUGUUUUAGUGUGUCUACUUCUGCGUCCAUGUUCUUGCCCGUGUACAGUGGCCACUCAAUGGCAACGCUUCUGUAAAAUGCAUUUGUUUGUUUUUCGGUUUUACAGACGACCCCUUAGCACUAAGUUUAAGCUUAAAGUUUAAUUUUAAUGGAGCUUCGAAGGUUGUUCAGGUCCAUCAAUCCAGAGGACAACGAAGACUCGCCCAGCCGUGUGUCCACUGUACAUGGAUAAGGUAGUUUAUUAUUUCGUUUUUUUUUUCUAUUGCCUGGUACAGAGUUUAUUUUUACACGCAAAUCGAUGAUGGAGGAUAAAUUAGCUUGAUUAGCUUUGCGACGAAGCAUAUAACUAUAGAGAUAAUAAGAGGAGAUGGUCCGGACUUUAGCUUUAGCUUAUCUAUAUAUAAUUAUUUAUUCCAACUACAUCAGAUCACUAAUUUAAACGCAAACAAAAUGUAUUUUUUUCAACGAUUAAUUCUACGAUCUACCCAUAAAGAGCAAAAACGCUGCGAAAGGCAGUGAAACAAGUAAAA